AUGAUAAUAAAAGAUAAGAUUCAAACUGAAUCAUUUAGUCAAAAUAAAUUAUAACAAAACUUUAUGAUGAUUACAAAACUACUGAGAGUUCCUAAUACAGAUUUUUUCAGUAUAACCAAAUUCGUCUUUUGGGUUGAACAAAUAAAUAUUGCUAUAUAAUUGAUGGAAAAACAGAUUAUGAAAUUUAUAAUCUCUUAUGUAUUAUAAGGUAAAAUAGAUCUCUAGAUUGCAACGAUAUUUAUGAUUGUGUUUGGAGGAGAGGAUAUCCCAGAUUUAGUUAUGCACUUAACAAUUUUAUUUUAUUUACAUACUAUAUUACUAUGA